UUGCGGUCGCGGAAGUGGUCGCACGGACACUGCUUCGUGCGGGGGGGUUCGUCUCCUUGCAUUGCCCGGCCGAGUACCGCUGGGUUGCGUUCUACCCUAAGCGACGGUAACCUCAGUCGGGAUAUGUAUGACGACGGGUGGAUAAACAACGCUAGGUUCAGAGCGGCACAGAAUAAGUACAUUGCCACUACAUCUUCCAUUUUCGAUAAUACAGGGACGCGGGACACCCUCCGACAAGAGCGGAGCCGACAGGCGCUGGAAGACCUGAAGAGGCAAGUGGCCGAGAGAGAAGCGGCGAAGAGGAGAGAGAGAGAGGAAGAUGAGAGGAUCUAUGCCGCCAUGGGGAUCCCGACGACCUACGAGCCCUCCUUCCAAGAUCCUGAAGCUGCUCCUGCGAGAGGCGUCGAGCGGCGCAACAGCUACGGCGGCACAGACUACGCCAACCGCAAGCCGAUAACGGUUAACGAAACUGCCACGACCGUUAAAGGAGCCGGGGCAGGCUACGGCGGCGGUUAUGGCGGUUAUGGCAGUUACGGCGGCGGUUAUGGUGGCGGUUACGGAGGUGGUGGUUACGGCAACGGCGGUUAUGGUGCUGGCGGUGGAGGUGGCUAUGGUGGUUAUGGUGGUGCAGGGUAUGGUGGUGAUACUGGAUUCCUACGUGUUCUUGGAGAUCUGGAAAAGUAA